AUGACUAGCAAACUAAAAGCUGUUUACUACAUUCCUUGGAGAGCUCUUAUUGUAACGGGAUGUUUUGCAACAUAUUUCAUUAUUCUCGGAUUCACUAUGCUGGUUCCUGUGCUCACACCUCAGCAUUAUUUUGUAGCUCAUCGACCAGUUUUUGGAGGUUCUUCCCGUCAAAUAACAAAAAACAUAACCAAAACCAAUUAUUGGGAUAAGUGUGAGCUACCAGUUUAUGAUUUUUAUGAUGAAGAAAUUUUGCCGUAUGUGGAACCAAACGAAAACCCUAUUCCUUACUGUAAUCCGGAUUACAAACCUCUUACUACUCCAAUCAAUGGCUCGUGGGACCUGAAAUACUCAAGACUGAAGUUGAAAUGUAGAACAAGAUGCCACUGGCAUAAAUCGGAAAGAGUAAACAAAAUAGGCAAUUGGAGUUAUAAACCUGGUCCAGUUGAUUGUGAAGUUCUAGAAGCCGUGUGUGCAAAGAAUGGUACAGAUGUAUAUGGAUAUCUUCACACUCAAGUCAUUCCAACACAACAAAAAAAACCGGAAGUUGUAACCAAGAAAUGGAAACAGUACGAUGUUACAGUAAUUUUGAUCGACUCUUUGGCUUAUUCACAAGCCAGAAGAUCACUCCCACGCACAAUAACAUACAUGUCGAAUCACAUGGAUGCUGUAAUUUUUCCGUACAUCAACAAAGUGGGUGAUAACAGUAGACCGAAUGGCGCUGCUCUUUGGUUUGGGAAACUCCUGGAGAAAUUAGACCGUUCACUAUUUGAUGAAGAGAAUGUAGCGCCUGAUUGGACUCAGGAGUACAUGUGCAACGUUUACAAAGAUAAUGAGACAUCUCUAUUUCAUGAGUUUCAAAACUACGGAUACAAGACGUUGUUAGCAGAGGAUUGGGCAGAAGGAACUUUGAACUGGCCCAACUGUAAAGGUUUUGAUAAGCCACCAAUUGACCAUUACAUGCGACCGUUUCAAAAUGCAAUGGAACGAAAGAAUCAUGGUGUGGAAGUGACAAAAAAUCACCUAAAUGGAGAUAUGUGCAGAGAAUAUCAUCAUACAUUGUUGGAUUACUUGGGACAAUUUCUUGAUGCUUAUCCGGACCAAAGAAAGUUCAGUUGGGUAUGGCUGUCAGUUCUUGGGCACGACACAGAGAACAGCAUCGCCCAUUCGGAUAACGAUUUUUACAGUUUUCUGGUAAAACACAGGAAACAAUUAGACAAUUCGUUUGUAUUUUUCAUGGGAGAUCAUGGACUCCGAUUUGGAAACGUUCGAAAGACUUUUGUUGGUGCUCUUGAUGUCAACAACCCGUUUCUAUCUAUUUCCAUUCCAAAGGAAUUGAGAAAAAAUUCAAGAAUGUUGAGUGUGAUGCGCGAAAAUGCAAGGAAAUUGCAAACACAUUUUGACACGAGAUCAGCAUUACUAGAUAUUCUGAAGUUUCAAUCAACCAGUGAUUUUGCGGACACUGCUCCUCUAGAAAUUUCAGGAGAGAAAGGAUACUCUUAUUUAAGAGAGCAACCAAAUAUUAUUAGGAAUUGUAAAAACACACCAAUUCCUAUACAGUAUUGCAUUUGUCAAUUCAAUAAAACUGCAGUCUCGACGAAAAGUCGAUUAGCAUUGUCCAUAGGAGACCAGAUAGCGUAUUCAGUGAAUGAAGAGUUGCAAGAAGGAAAACUCACAAAACAUUGUAUAGAGAUGAAAGUGGAUCGAAUAUUCUCAUUGCUUAAAUUCGAUCAGAGUUUAAAUGGCUCCUCUCUUUACACCGCCGUUGUUCAAAUGAAACUUCCAAGCCAAGCGAUAUUCAAAGCAAACGUGAAGAUUCUUCCGACAGGAAAAGUUCGAGUAUUGGGCAUGAUAGAAAGAACUAACUCAUACUGGAAUACGGCAAAUUGCAUUAGUUCGGAGCAUCAUCGUCCGUAUUGUUACUGUAAAAACCAGAACGAAACUUAUUGGUGA